AUGGACAAAAAUCAGCUGCAUCCUGUCACCUGCCUCAUCGUGGACUUCAACGAUGGCACGCCCCCGGAGGCCCACGGCGACGCCACCACCUGCGCCUCCAAGUUCCCCUCUGUGGAGAACUUCGUGGGCGGCCCCCUCACCAACCCUUACAACGUGACGCAUGUAUACUUGCAGGAAAAUAUCUACAACGUGUCCGUAAUCGUGGUCGACUUCCUGAUUUCCCUGCGCACAUUGCUGCCCGUGGUGGUGGCGUGGCUUCCGUGCAACCCGCCUGUGGUGUGGCUUCCGGACAACGCCACCCUGCAGCAGGCGACGACGGUGUGGCGGUCCAGGGCCUUCAGGGUGGACAGCGAAGCCAUCAUCGUCUGCAAUGGCUCCGUUGCGUCGAGAAAAUCCUGGAGCAUGAUGAAGGUGGAGGGCGAGGAGGGCAUCCCUGUCUCAGACGUGAUCCUCGAGGGCGUCCUCGCCUCCUGGAACUUCUCGCAGCUCUCCGUGCCGCCCCUGUUCCUCGAGUACGGCACCUACUGCAUCACCUACCGCCUGCAGCUCCUGGCCUCCAAGAUCUUCCCUCUGUUCCGCACGGCCUCGACUUACUUCAAGAUCACCAAGAGUCCUCUCCAAGCUGUCAUCAUUGAGGGAGGAAUGUCCAAGUUGAGCAGAGGCUACGGCAAACCUCUCCUGCUCGACCCCGUCGCCUACUCCAUGGACCCUGAUUGGCCAGGCGUUAAGAUGGUAAAGUACGACUAA